GAUAUAAUCAUAUGAAAUUAAUUAGCUACCAAUCAAAAUAAAUGUAGUGACGACGGCGGCCCAAAAGAAAAGAGAGAGAAAAUAAAGCUUCAUUUAUCUCGAAAUUCUAUCUAUAUAAGACGCCGCACCGCAUCACCUUUUCUUCGCAAAACCCAAAAAACAUAAGAGAAAUAUAUUAUACUACCAAAAAAAAAAAUGAAAAUGGGAUCAAUAUCAUUGGUGGUGGCCGUCGCGACGGUGACGAUGCUGCUCCAAAACGAGGUCGUUUCGGCGGCGCGGAAGGACCAGCAGCUGAUCGAAACGACAUGCAAGAACACACCAGACUACCACCUCUGCAUCGCGGUGAUCACCGCCGACCCGAGCUGCAGGGCGGCGCCGCUGCAGGACCUGGCCCUGAUCGUGGUGGCGGAGAUCAAGAAGAAGACGGUGGAGAUCAUAAAAGAGAUCGAGCACCUGAAGAAGAGCGGGCCCAAGGAGAUGCAGCCGGCGCUGAAGAAGUGCCGGAGCUACUACAACGCCGUGCAGGUCGGGGAUAUUCCGGUGGCGGAGCAGGCCACGUGGGGGAACCCCAAAUUCGCCGAGACCGCCAUGGCCGACGCCAAGAUCGAGGCCGAGAUGUGCGAGGACGCUUUUCUUAAAGUGCCCAAUCCCUCGCCCUUCACUAAACAGAAUAAAUAUAUCGCCGACGUCGCCGCCGUCGCUAGAGGGAUUAUCAGGAAUUUGCUUUGACAUUAUUAUUUACCUAUUUAUCUAUGUGUGGACAAGGGAUUCGUAAUUCCCCUCCCACUUAAAUAAAUUUUAAAUGUGGCUGUGAAUAUUGUUGUUCCAAUUAGAAAAUGAAUCAUAUAUACUUAUGCUA